AUGUCGUUUGGCUACUCCGUUGGGGACUUCCUUGGAGGAGCUAACCUUACAUAUCGAUUGAUCAGAGCCCUUUCAGACUCGCGAGGUGCUUCUGCCGAGUACCAAGAGGCAGUGACCGAGCUGAGGGCUACGGAGCAGGCCUUCAUGCAGGCUGGCAAUCUCGCAAGGAGCAACAUGUUCACUCAGGAUGUCAUGAACGGAAUCGCCUGUAUCGUUCUUUCAUCGGUAGAAAUCAUUGAGAGCUUCUUCGAGCAUACCCGAGCCUUGCAGAGCCGUUUGGGCCAGGGUCGUCGCAGUAUUAAUAGCAGCUGGUCUAAAAUCGGCUGGCAGCUUUUUGGUAGAGACGAGCUACUAGUGUUGAAGAGACAACUGCAUGAGCGGUUGACUUCAGUUAACACCCUCAUAGCAGCUGCGUCUUAUCAGAUCAACACGCCGUCGAAUACCGGCGCGGACGGCCACGAGAGCGAUCAAAUCGGGCCAAGCUACUCCGCGCCUGGGCCAUCGGAGCGGCAGAAGGGGCGGCCAUUGACCCCUGAAGUCACACCCGUCAUAGACCUCGAACGAGCUGCAAGUACAAACGAGGUGGAAGUGAAGUCCCGCGAGGAUUUGGAGCAGGAACUACGGUCCAAGAUUAAUGCCGAGAAUGCUGCAGCUACAGCUGCAGCACAGGCUACUGCCGUCGAUACGGAUAUCAAGGAAAACAUGAUGAUCAUCAAGCAGAUGAUGACAGCACUGAACGAGAAGGAAGUCAGGAAAGAGCUUGACGCAACUAAGGCUAAAGCGCCUCUCAGGUUCAAGGAUGCAGUCGGCCGAAAAUAUAGCUUCCCCUGGCACAUAUGCCACGUCUGGAAGGACACGAGAGAGCACAAGGCUUCAUCACCGUUUAAGGACGGUGUCCCAUCGGGGUUGAAUCAGUAUAUAGAGCCCUCGGCACAACCAUCCCAGUUUCAAACCCAGCAACGUUCGCUUCCUCAAGGAACGGAUCUACCUGCGUUCUGGAAGCUCGAUCAGUUCGAACCGAACUGGCGGAGCAAAUACAGCGCCUUAAUAGCUCAGAAUGGUCUCACCGAUGGCUUCAUCCGAGAAAACCAAGAAGGGAUUAUGAAAUUUCUGUUGGAGUGGAAUGCCGUAGCGGAGCCUCGGGACGACCAGAGCGACACGACUGGGUCCCAUACAUAUGCUAACUCGGAUGCGUCAGGUGUGUGA